AUGAUACUGAUGGACAGUGGGAGCUCAGUCGAGGUCUUAUUUUACGACACAUUUAAGAGGAUGGAGAUAUCUGAUGACAUUUUAAUCCCUUCAACUUAUCGGAUCUACGGCUUCAACGGUACAAUGACCGUGCCAAAGGGGGAAGUCACUCUCAGAGUCUCGGAUGGACAGGGAUAUUUGGACACACUUACCACCUUUUGUGUAGUGGAUGUCGUAUCGCCCUAUAAGGCAAUUCUCGGCAGACCUUGGAUCGCGAGUAUCAAAGGGUUAGCGUCGGCAUACGAUCAAAAAUUAAGGUUCCCAUCUUACCGGGGGGUUGUGGAAGUACUAGGCGAUCCCCAGGCUGCAAGACAAUGUAUGCAAAUGGAUACUCAACAAAAUGAAGAAAGGCGGUCAAGGCAGCGCCGAGAAAAGAACAAAGCUAAGGAAGCUAAAGCAGCGGAAGAGUUGGAGAAGGUACUCUCACAAUCCAUUGCGUCCUACGAAACAGGCGAGCAAGAAAUCUUAUAG